AUGAUACAGAAGCACGUGAUGAUCACGUGCGUUGAUGUGGAUCUCGUGUUCUUCCCCAUUUCCAUUUGCUUUCUCGAAAGGGGAAGCAAACUGUCGCAGAGAGAGAGGGGAAGACAAUCAUCGCCAGUUGUUCUCCUCUUCGAGAUUUUCAAUUCCACCUUAUCUAGAGAAUUAUCGAUCAAUAGGAUCAGUGGUUUCGGUUAA